AUGAACUGCAUGAAAGAGCCGUGUAACCUGGAGCGCCUGGGAACCGGGAGUAAACUGUGCUCCUCCUCACCUUCCUCCUCCUCCUCUUCAUCAUCUUGCCACCACCAGCGGCCGGCCCACGGGCGGCGAGGAGCGUGCAGAGACAUGGGUGCCCGUGUUUUUUUUCUCUCGUUUCCUUUCUUCUCUUCCUUCGCAGAGAAAGAUAAGAGCCAACAGAGCAAGAACGAAGAUGCCGGGUCUGAGGACCCCUCCAAGAAGAAGAGGCAGCGGCGGCAGCGGAGCCAGCAGCUGCAGGAGCUGGAGGCCACUUUCCAGCGCAAUCGCUACCCGGACAUGUCCACCCGGGAGGAAAUCGCCGUCUGGACCAACCUCACGGAGGCCAGGGUUAGGGUUUGGUUCAAGAACCGCAGAGCCAAAUGGAGAAAGGCAGAGAGGAACCAGCAAGCCGAGCUUUGCAAAAACGGCUUCGGCCCGCAGUUUAACGGCCUCAUGCAGCCCUACGAUGACAUGUACCCUGGCUACUCUUACAACAACUGGGCAGCCAAAGGCCUGACCUCCGCUUCCCUCUCCACCAAAAGCUUCCCUUUCUUCAACUCCAUGAAUGUCAACCCCCUGUCUUCUCAGAGCAUGUUCUCCCCUCCAAACUCCAUCUCCUCUAUGAGUAUGUCUUCAAGCAUGGUGCCCUCUGCGGUCACGGGAGUCCCCGGCUCCAGCCUCAACAGCCUGAAUAACUUGAACAACUUGAGCAAUCCCUCCCUGAAUUCUGCUGUGCCAACGCCAGCCUGUCCCUAUGCUCCUCCAACACCUCCUUAUGUAUAUAGGGACACAUGCAACUCCAGCUUGGCGAGUCUGAGACUUAAAGCCAAGCAGCACUCCAGUUUUGGCUACGCCAGUGUGCAGAACCCCGCUUCCAACCUGAGCGCUUGCCAGUAUGCGGUGGACAGGCCCGUGUGAG